AUGUGUUGGGGGAAAGUCACUGAAGUGACUACUGAGAAAGAUGUAUUUAUAUUUGGCACAACAGACAGCUUUAUCUUAUCUGCAGAUGGAGACCCAUUCAAAACAGAGAAAUCAAAUACCUCUGAACUGAUAGAAUUUAUUCUCCUGGGGUUUUCUGAUGUUCCCCAUCUACAGUGGAUUCUGUUUAUGAUAUUUUUCUUCAUCUACUUGAUUAUUCUGAUCUGCAAUAGCAUUAUAAUACUAUUAACAAGAACCGACCCUGCUCUUCAGACCCCAAUGUAUUUUUUCCUUAGCAACUUUUCCUUUUUGGAAAUCUGUUAUGUAACAGCUACUAUCCCGAGAAUGCUUGCGGAUCUUUACACCCAAAAAGGAAGCAUAUCUGUGCUGGCCUGUGCAACACAAAUGUGCUUUAUCUUUUUGUUUGGAGGUACUGAGUGUCUCCUGCUGACAGUCAUGGCCUAUGACCGCUAUGUGGCCAUUUGCAAACCUUUGCGAUAUUCUUUACUCAUGAAUUAUACUGUGUGUGUGCAGCUGGUCGCUUCCUCCUGGAUCAGUGGAAUUCCAGUUGUCGUUGGGCAAACCUACCAGAUAUUCUCUUUGCACUUUUGUGAUUCCAACAGAAUCAAUCAUUUCUUCUGUGACGUUCCUCCAUUACUCAAGCUUGCUUGCGGUGACAUUUUUGUGAAUAAGAUAGCGGUUUAUGUAGGUGCAGUUGUCUUUUUUAUGGUUCCAUUUCUUCUGAUAAUUUUCUCCUAUGGCAAGAUUAUCUCCAACAUUCUGAGACUGUCAUCAGCCAAAGGGAGGGCCAAGGCGUUCUCCACCUGCUCCUCCCACCUCACAGUUGUUGUUUUGUUCUACGGAACAGCGAGUGUCACCUACCUACAGACCAAACUGAGUCAAUCAGAAGGAAUGGGAAAACUUCUGUCUCUUUUCUACACCAUUUUGAUCCCAGCUUUGAAUCCCAUUAUAUAUACCUUGAGAAACAAGGACAUCAUGAUGGCACUGAGAAAUUUGAAAACUAAGCUACUUAUACAAAGCAGAAACUUCUAA